CGUUAGUUCACUCUAGAAUUUCAAAUUUAUUCAAAGAGUUGCCGAGGCGGGUCCCUCUCUCCACUCCCCGUGUAUACGCCCGCAGAAGAUGAAUAAUAGUUUUCGUUACAGUUCCGUCGUAAAAAUUGAAAAGAUGAGCAGGAAAAAUAAUAAAUGGCUUCGUUGCAGGAAUUCUACGGCUCGCAUUUGCAUAAGGGCUAUCUCCUUUGUGGGACGCUUACUUGGACAAUUUGUUUCGCAUUGUUUUCGAUGCGGAGAAGACGCUUCUCGAUAUCGCUUAGAAUAAAACCAAUUUCGAUAUCCAUUACAGUAUCAGUAAAUAAAUCGCUAGAUUGGAUGAUGUUAGAUGCGAUCCGGCAUCGCCGCAUAACUAUUAGGUCCUUUCGAACUGUUGUAUAUGAAUGAUCCGCUCUUUUUUGUGGAACAUAAUCGUAUUGACCGGCGCCUUAGCGGUUAUAGGCAAAUCGAAUUAUCUCUUCAUUGGUGCGAUUCGUUUCAGGAUGAACGGCCGUUCGGUCCUGCACCGGAUGUGACCCGUCGAAUGGGCUCUUCCACCCCUCUGGGCAAAGCGGAACCGCCCGGAUCGCCGCCCUAUUACCGGUCAACCUCCGCCACCAGUUCGAGCUCCAAUUCCGCCUCGUCCAGAGGUAUAGACUUGUCGAGUCGACACUGGUGGUUGAUCGGUACCGUAUUACUUCUAGCUGCAGCUGCAGGAGUAGGCGUUCCGAUAGCCUUAAAGAUUAGCUCAAGUGCCUCCUUCGAAGAACGUCUCGAAUUCGCAACUAGGUUACUUCAAGAAGUGCCUCUUAUAGACGGACAUAACGACCUACCGUGGAACAUUAGGAAAUUCCUGCACAACAAACUGAAGAAUUUCAAAUUUAACGAAGACCUGCGCAGCGUCUCGCCUUGGUCGACGAGCGCUUGGAGCCACACAGACCUGAUGAGGCUCGAACAAGGCCACGUAGCAGCCCAAUUCUGGGCGGCGUACGUGCCUUGCGAUUCUCAAUACAAAGACGCCGUGCAGCUCACUCUGGAGCAAAUAGACGUCAUCAGGCGGCUGACUGAUCAGUAUCAACCCAGAUUGACGCUCUGCACAUCGUCAGAAGAAAUCAAGAACGCGUACAAAAAACGUCAACUUUGUUCGCUGAUAGGAGUUGAAGGGGGCCACUCGUUGGCUGGAAGUUUGGCCGUUUUGAGGACCCUCUAUCACGUCGGAGUCAGAUAUUUGACGCUUACUUCUACUUGCAACACGCCCUGGGCGGAUUGCUCGCACGCGGACAUGCCGGGAAAGAAGCCGGAGCACGGGGGACUCACCGCCUUCGGAAAAAGCAUAAUAAAGGAAAUGAACCGUUUGGGUAUGAUCGUGGAUCUGUCCCACGUGUCGGUGAAUACAAUGCGCGACGCCCUGGAGGAGUCGAAGGCGCCUGUCAUAUUCAGUCACUCGUCGGCGCAUGCGCUGUGCAAUUCCACGAGGAAUGUUCCGGACGAUACAUUGAGGAAAUUGGCGAUGAACCGAGGCGUUAUCAUGGUGAAUUUCUAUUCGUUGUUCCUCACCUGCAAGGAGGUCUCCACCAUAGCUGAUGCAGUUGCUCACAUAAAUCACAUCAGGGAAGUGGCCGGCGUGGACAGCGUCGGCAUCGGCGCGGGCUACGACGGAAUAAACUACGUUCCGCAGGGACUGGAGGACGUCUCCUCCUAUCCGACGCUCUUCGCCGAGUUGAUUGGCACGGGCAAAUGGAGCGUGGACGAUCUGAAAAAAUUGGCCGGCCUCAAUUUCCUGCGGGUGUUCCAGGAGGCCGAGCGCGUGCGGGACGAGUUCAGGAAGGCCAACAUACCGCCCUACGAGGACGUCAUGCCGCCCGCCAAGAACAAGGACGUGAAUAAUUGCUCGUCGCAGGGCAACUGAUUGACAUUGUCGCCUGUUGUUUCUUCAAAUGGUAGAGAUAAAUUCUAGUUGUUUUAAUGAACUGAAUCGCUACGCGCUGAUAUAACAUUCCUACUUUUAUAAAAUAUUGCCCGAUAGAUGGAAAUUUAGUAGUUACAGUACUAUACACCGUUGGAAAACUAUUCGCGCAUAAUAGGGAAAACAAUGUUAAAUUCUUAGCCGUCUGAAAUCCAGUCUACCAGUGUACAUUUCAAUAGA